AUGUUGUAUCUGUCUCUCCUUACCGGCCUUUUGGCUGGGGCUUCAGCUAACCCGAUCGCUCGAUCGUCUCAAUACCCCAUCGUCAACACCACGCAGGGAAACGUGCAGGGAAUCGCAUCGCCUUACCGCGAUGGAAUCACCGUGUAUAGAGGCAUUCCCUUUGCCGCACCACCAACCGGUUCCAAGCGAUGGACACCUCCAACUACAGCGAAGCCUUGGUCUGGUGUCUUCAAGGCAGACACCUUUGGACCGCAGUGCGCCCAGACAACCUCCUCCUCGGCCGGUAUCUUCAACAUCGCCUCCAACACCUCCAGCGAGGAUUGUCUUUUCCUCAACGUGUGGACGCCCACAUACAACGACACAUCAGAUCUUUCGUCCAAGAAACUGCCCGUGUAUGUCUGGAUCUAUGGUGGUCGCUUCACGGGUGGCUCUGGCGAUGUCAUGACGUACGACGGCUCCGGUCUCGCAAGCAAGGAUAUCAUCGUGGUGACGCUCAACUACCGUCUCGGUCCAUUCGGUUUCCUGGCGCACCCUGGUCUAUCCGCGGAGUCGGGACAUAACAGCUCUGGAAACUAUGGAAUCUUGGAUCAGCAGUUUGCCCUCAAGUGGGUGCAGGAUAACAUUGCUCACUUUGGUGGAAACCCCGACCAGGUCACCGUUGGUGGCCAGUCGGCGGGUUCUGCCAGUGCGCUGGAUGUGAUGUGGAGUCCUCUUGCAAAGGGUCUUGCUCACGGCAUCAUUGCUGAAAGUGGUGCCCGUGGUCCCCAUGAUCCAGAGACUGGCAGUGCAGCCACCAGUUACCGUACCAAGGCUGCUGCUGAAGCUGAGGGCGUGGACUUUCUGAAGAAGAUGAACGUCACUUCUCUUGCUCAACUGCGUAACGUCUCCAUGGAUGCUCUGUUGGAGUACGACUCGUUGAGCGACACCACCUUUGAAGGAACGCAGUUUGAAAACCUCACCACCCAGUUCAUGGAGCCUCCACUGUGGCGACCCGUCAUUGACGGCUACGUCCUGACACACAGCUACGGCGAGGCCCUGAGUCUCAACGACCACGCCGACAUCCCCAUCCUCACCGGAAACAACAAGGACGAGUCCGGCGCCAGCACCGACCCGGGCCUGACCGUCUCCUCCUACAAGACCGACUACACAGAGAUGUUUGGCGCGUACGCCAGCGAGUUCUUCACCCUCUACCCAGCCACCAACACCAGCCAGGCCAACGACAACAGCAACGAGCUCUUCCGCGACAUGAGCCGGGUCGGAACCUGGCGCUGGGCCCUUGACUGGGCAGCCGGGGGUGCAAAGAGCAACGUCUACACGUACUACUUUACGCACACGCCCGCGGAGAACCCCAGCUCAGGCGCCUACCAUGGGUCUGAGCUGUGGUAUGUCUUCAACAACAUCCCAUAUACGGACUACUCCAACGUCACCUGGACGCCGACCGACUAUGCGAUCGAGCGCAAGAUGUCGCAGUACUGGGCCAACUUUAUCAAGAAGGGAGACCCGAACGGAGAGGGGUUGGUUUAUUUCCCGCCGUCCAAGGAGACGAAGCAGACUAUGUGGCUUGGGAACUCGUGGGGGUCAGGACCGCUGUCCCAGUCUGACGAGCGCAUCAGCUUUUUGGAGAAGUGGGAGGCUAGUCUGGAGGAGUGGUAG